AUGGAUGCCCUCGGUGGACUCAAUGCCUCUGAGCAGCGGGAGCUCGAGCAGCGCAUGCAGAAGCGCCAGGUCAAGGAGUUCGUCAGCCUGUUCGGCAACCUCGUCGACCACUGCUUCAUGUCCUGCAUCGACGACUUCACCUCCAAGUCGCUGUCGUCCCGCGAGUCCGGCUGCGUCACCCGCUGCGUCCAGAAGUCCAUGGCCAUGUCCCAGCGCCUGAGCGAGCGCUUCCAGGAGCACAAUGCCGAGAUCACCGCCAAGAUGCAGAGGUAA